GCCGGAAGCAGGAGGCAGGGCUCUGGGCGGCGGGAGGAUUUGGCGGCAGUGGCGGAGUGCGCGGGAGUCACGGCAUCAUGAGCGUGCGGCUGAGCGAAGGGGCCAUCGCGGCCAUAAUGCAGGGGGAGAACGUUAUCAAGCCCGUGCUGCAAGUCAUCAAUACACGGGCUAUUGCUACAGGAAAUGGGCCACCACGUUACAGAGUGUUGAUGAGUGAUGGGGUUAACACAUUGUCAUCAUUCAUGUUGGCCACGCAACUGAACUCUCUGGUGGAACAGCAGCGCUUAUCAGCUCAGUGUAUUUGCCAGGUUAACAGAUUCAUUGUCAACAGCCUGAAGGAUGGCAGGAGAGUGGUCAUCCUGAUGGAGUUAGAUGUUCUAAAAACUGCUGAUCAGGUUGGUGGGAAUAUUGGCAAUCCAGUGCCAUACAACGAAGGACAAGGGCAGCAGCGUUCUUCAGCUCCGGCAGCAAACCCAGCGCCCAGCAAACCACAGCAGCAAAAUGGCAGUUUGUCAGUAGCAGGUCCUGCUGCUCCAAAGUACCAUGCACCCUCAAACCAGUUUGCUAAACCCAGUGCUCCCAGCACUGUGAAGACACCAGGAGGAUCUCAGGCCAAAGUAGUGCCCAUUGCCAGCUUGAACCCAUACCAGUCCAAGUGGACCAUUUGUGCUCGCGUUACCCAAAAAGGCCAAAUCCGCACGUGGAGCAACUCCCGGGGUGAAGGGAAACUCUUCUCCAUAGAGCUGGUUGAUGAAAGUGGUGAGAUUAGAGCUACUGCAUUCAAUGAUCAAGCAGACAAGUUCUUUCCACUCAUUGAAUUGAACAAGGUGUAUUAUUUUACCAAAGGCUUUUUGAAGACUGCUAACAAGCAGUAUACAGCUGUUAAGAAUGACUAUGAGAUUACAUUCACUAAUGACACCUCAGUUGUGCCCUGUGAUGAUGCCCAGCAUCUUCCAUCUGUUCAGUUUGAAUUCGUAUCCAUCGCUGCCUUGGAGGAAACACCCAAAGACUCAAUUGUUGAUGUAAUUGGAAUUUGUAAGAGCUAUGAAGAUGUCACUAAAAUCGUAGUGAAAGCUAACAAUAGAGAGGUAUCGAAGAGGAACAUUCAUCUGAUGGAUGCAUCAGGGAAACUGGUGACAGCUACGCUAUGGGGAAAUGAGGCUGAGCGGUUUGAUGGUUCCAGACAACCUGUGGUAGCCAUCAAAGGAGCCAGAGUAUCUGAUUUUGGUGGUAGAAGCCUAUCUGUUCUGUCCUCCAGUACAGUUAUCAUCAACCCUGAUAGCCCAGAGGCUUUUAAGCUCCGAGGAUGGUUUGACUCCGAGGGACAGCUCCUGGAGUGCGCCUCCAUCUCCGAUGCGAAGGGUGGGCCAGCAUCUGGAGUAAAUACCAAUUGGAAAACUCUGUAUGAAGCCAAAGCUGAGAACUUGGGACAUGGAGAUAAGGCAGAUUAUUUUAGCUGUGUGGGCACCGUCGUACAUCUGCGCAAAGAGAACUGCAUGUACCAGGCCUGUCCCUCCCAGGAUUGCAACAAGAAAGUGAUAGACCAGCAGAACGGCCUCUACCGCUGCGAGAAGUGCGACAGGGAGUUCCCCAACUUCAAGUACCGCCUGAUGCUCCUGGUGACUAUUGCAGACUGUCUUGACUAUCAGUGGGUGACUUGUUUCCAAGACACAGCAGAAUUCAUUCUUGGGCAGAAUGCAGCUUUCCUGGGAGAACUGAAGGAAAAGAACGAACAGGCAUUUGAAGAAGUGUUCCAAAAUGCAAACUUUAACACCUAUGAGUUCAGGAUCAGAGUAAAACUGGAGACUUACAAUGAUGAAUCUCGUAUUAAGGCUACGGCAGUGGACAUCAAACCUGUGAACCACAGAGAAUACUGCAAGAGGUUGAUUGCAAGCAUCAGGAGAAAUGCUUUGCUGAAGUGAGGAAGCUGCUACUGACUUCCUGGAGCUAGAACUUCCAGGGAAGCGCCGUAGAUGAUGUUACAAUGACUCUUACCCCACCUUGUGUGUGACAAUUUGGCACUAGUUACACCAUGCAUGGUAGUCCAGAGUAGGGGGCUGGGUGAUCUAAUGCUUAUCUCUGAAGAUAUGCCUCUGAAGGUAGGAUGGCCAUGAUGUUGUGGUCUGUUAAGCUGUGCCAGCUCUAAAGAGGAAUCCCUAGCCAGGUUACCAGGGUCUUCAGGCAAGCCAUGCAGAAUGUCUGAAGUAACUUUGCUUUCUUACUCUCCGUAAAAGCUGAAUUGUAUAACCAUUGUCUCCUCUUUGCCAGGAAGCAGUGACAACCUUGACACUUGGAGUUGUUGAGCAGAGGACUCUCAGAGAGGUGUGAAGUAGAACAUGUCUAUUAGCACAAGUUAGCUCCUUUCCACAGAAUUCAAAGGCUUUUCUCUUUCCACAGGUGCCAUGCAGUUGUUAAUGCUUGGAAUGGCAAUAUGGUAGAAUUAUUAAUCAAAGACAUAUCUCUUAUAUCUGAAGAAUAUCCUUCCUUCAGGGUUUAAUAGACUGAGUCAGAUGGGUCUGAUAUUAAUCAAAAUUGUCUCUUCUGAGGAAGGCAGAUAAGCAUUGACUCUCCAUGCCCCAGGGAAAUCUAGGCAACUACAAAGCAUUGCUUUAGUUUUUUCCCUUCAAUUAAUACUAUGGAUUUUUUUUGACUGGUUUCAGCUCACUUUUCUUGCCUAGACAUAGUUUGUCUGCCUGUAUGUUCAGUUUCUUUGGGUUUUAUUUGUAAUGGAGUUAAUCAGAAGCAGGUCUUUAAACAGGGGAAAUCUUUGUUUCAAUAAAGGCUGUUGAAU